CCAAUGUAUCCCCCAAUGUAUCAAAAGCGGCGGAGAGUCCGCGGUACAGUCGGAGCGGAAGAGGAGGAGACGGCAACAAUGUAGCCCGAGACCCGCGACUCCGACACCACCGGCGGGCUGCAGAAUUCCAACAGCAGAGUAGGCAGGAGUGAGCUCGCCUUCCAGGACGUCAGUCACUCGCGUGUCUUGCGAUCACAUAGUCUCAUCACCUGCAAUCCAUGACCAGGCUCUCGCACGAUGAAUGGCAUCGUCUCCAUCAAUAGCUUAAUCUGCUGGACACCGUGUGAACAUUGACCCAACGUUGGCUCAACCGCCGCAAGGGUGCAGAGUGCUUCUCUACCACUAUGCGGCGCUGUGAGUCGGGAUUCCCAAGAUGAUGCGCCAUUGGGGCAAUUGCUCGAAGCAGGAAGAGAGACUGUCCUCUGGAGCGAGCGAGCGAGCGAGCGAGAGGAGACGAGGCAGAAUGCACACUCUGCUUUGAAGGCGAACACAUCUGUUGACAUUUAAGCAUUGCUGUGUGCGAGCGUCUGUGUGUGUGUGUGAGAUCGAGGGAAGAGAGAGAGAGAGAGAGAGAGACGGACUGAAAACAGAGAGCGUCUUGGCUUAUCCUGGCAGCUUUGUGCCUUCAGUUUGCUCACAAGUUCAGGUUACCUCACGCCUCUGGUGUAGACUGUUUGACAUAUCUUUAUCGUCGAGAAACCGUGAGCGAGCGGCACAGACAGGAGCUGCUUUUUGGGGGGGAAGGAAAGAAGGAACAAGAGAACGAAGGGAGAAACCGGAGAGAGGAGGAGGAGGAAGAUAUCAGCACUUCUCGAUCUCGACUGGGAAUAAAAACAUUUUAAAAUAAACCUGGGAACGCCGGGCAAGAUGCGUUCUGACUCUCCCCACUCCGGGGUCAGCCCUGGGGUCAGUCCUGCCCCGAACCCCAAGUGCCCUGUGGCCAAGAGCAGCCGUGUAUCCUUCCACAACCUGUUCCGCGGGAAGAAACGCUCCAGGUCGUCCAAGUCCCGGCGGAGGCAGGAGGUGUCGGUGGCCAACGUGGAGAUCGAGAGCCUCCAGGCCGAGGUGGCAGACCAUCCCGGGAGGAACUCCCAACGUUCCAAUGGCAACACAGCACCGACCGGCUCGUUCCCCGCGCUCUCUCCCACCCCGGCCAGGAAGGUGUCGGCCGGUUUCCUGGAGUGCCCCCUGUGCCUGGUGCCCCACCCCCAGGAGAACGUCCCCGAAAUCAUGACUUGCCAACAUCGCUCCUGCCUCGACUGUUUGCGUCAGUAUUUACGCAUAGAGAUCACAGAGAGCCGUGUCAACAUCAGCUGCCCCGAGUGCACAGAGCGUCUGAACCCCCACGACAUCCGGCUGAUCCUCAACGACCAGACUCUGAUGGACAAGUACGAGGAGUUCAUGUUACGUCGUUACCUCGCCUCCGACCCCGACUGUCGCUGGUGUCCAGCCCCAGACUGCGGGUACGCGGUGAUCGCCUAUGGCUGUGCCAGCUGCCCCAAGCUGAUGUGUGGCCGGGACGGAUGUGACACCGAGUUCUGUUAUCACUGCAAACAAUUGUGGCACCCGAACCAGACCUGCGACACCGCCAGGCAACAGCGAGCCCAGGAGCUGCGAGUGAGAACCACACAGAGCUCAGGCCUGAGCUUCGGGCCAGAGUCUGGCACCACUGAUGACAUCAAGCCAUGCCCGCGAUGUGGAGCGUACAUUAUUAAAAUGAACGACGGGAGCUGCAAUCAUAUGACGUGCGCCGUGUGUGGCUGUGAAUUCUGCUGGCUGUGCAUGAAGGAGAUCUCCGACCUCCACUAUCUCAGCCCCUCCGGCUGCACGUUCUGGGGGAAGAAGCCGUGGAGCAGGAAGAAGAAGAUCCUGUGGCAGCUGGGGACUCUGAUCGGGGCUCCCGUUGGCAUUUCCCUCAUUGCUGGCAUUGCCGUGCCCGCCAUGAUCAUUGGCAUUCCGGUGUACGUCGGCAGGAAGAUUCACAGUCGCUACGAGGGAAAGAAGAUGUCAAAGCACAAAAGGAACCUGGCAAUUACUGGAGGAGUCACUCUGUCCGUCAUCGCGUCCCCUGUGAUAGCUGCCGUCAGUGUCGGAGUUGGUGUCCCCAUCAUGUUGGCCUAUGUCUAUGGUGUGGUGCCGGUGUCACUGUGUCGUGGUGGGGGCUGUGGUGUCAGUACAGCCAAUGGGAAAGGAGUGAAGAUCGAAUUUGAUGAAGAUGACGGGCCCAUCACAGUUGCUGAUGCGUGGAGAGCCCUGAAGAGCCCCAGCAUCGGGGAGAGCAGCGUGGAAGGACUGACCAGCGUUCUGAGUACCAGCGGCAGCCCCAUCGAUGGGGUGAGCGUAACGCAAGGCAACUACAGUGAGACAACCAGCUUUGCAGCGUUAUCAGGAGGCACGCUGACUGGAGGGGCGCUCACCGGGAGCAAUGGACAUCACAGCAGAAUGCAGAUUCAGGCUGAUAUCCAAAAGGAAAGCUUCAAUUUGAAUAAAGAUUCCAUCAGCCUGGGAGCGACCAGUGACAACGCCAGCACCAGAGCUAUGGCAGGUUCUAUCAUCAGCUCAUACAAUCCCCAGGACAGGGAGUGUAAUAAUCUGGAGGUGCAGGUGGACAUCGAGACCAAACCCACCCACUUGUGCCUGGCCAGCGGCAGCAGCUUGGACGAGUCCCUUCAUCUCCGCUCCCAGUCCGCGGAGGGUCUGUGCUGCGGAGGGGAGAAGGACAGCGAGCGCAGGUCAGCGAGCCUGACCAGCCAAACGUGCGACGUGACGUUGGCCCAACCAGAGAGCGUCAAGAGUGACGAGGACAGCACAGACACGCAGUCCGAUGACCUGCCAGACAUGACGUCCGAUGAAUGUGAUUCACCCAGUCCUGCGAACGGCAGCCACUUGGAGAUCUCUGCGUUGGACGCCAAGUCCCUCAACAAUGAGAACGUGCCUAGCGACCAUGUGCAACAGAGAGAAGACAGCGCUGAACCGGUUGAGCAGGAAACUGAGAGUGUAGUACACUAUGCCUAAUCCCUCGUUCCUCCCCACAAACCAUAGAUGUGCACCUUACACUUUGCUUCAUUGGAAACCGUGAGAUUAUUCCUACACAAGAAGCCUCUUACACUCACAUGUACUCAAGACAUGCGGACACAACAAUAUUACAUAUUUGACAAUCACCUCUCAGACCGUUAAAUAAAAGGUUACUGAAAUGCUUAAUUUCUUAAUUUUAUUGUCAGAACUGGAUAUUACUGCUGCUGCUGUUAGUGCUGCAUGAUUUGGGGGGGAAAAAAGUUUCUUUUUUUUAAAGAAUUCAACACGCCCAUCCCACACAUGUGUAAAUACACACACACACACACACACACACACACACGGGCGCGAGCACAAACACACACACAAACAGACACACGCACACACAGACGUAAGCACAGAAAUCCUUUUGUCCGGCCAAGACAAGAGGCAAGAUACUAACAUUCCACUAAGUGUAUUGGGGUUGGGCUGGGAUACCAACUGGUUUAAGUGCACUUCUGUUUCUGACUUCCCGUCGAUUUUGCGAAAUCAAAAUUGUGUGGUUUUUAUUUUAAAAGAAAUGAGAUUAAAAAAAAAACGAUGCUAAAACUGGGUGAUGGUUAUGAGUGUGUGCGUGUGCGUUCUGUUGUGUCAGGUUUUACUUGGAGAGAUUGAAGCCCAUGUGAAGACUCGGAUCUGGAUUCGUUUGGGUCAAUGCAACCUUCACUGCUUCCAGCUGAGGCUGAACACUGAUCUGAACAGCUGAAGGUGUGACACCAAUGAAAAGAGAGCCAGUGCAAACCGGACUCCACUGAGUGAAACACAUCAGCUGUGCACUUGGAUUUCUGGACAUUUGACAUGGUGACUUCUGUUUAUAAGAAGUUAAAGCCAUGUCAUGACUUGGUUUGAUCAAAGUAAUAAUAAUAAUAAAUAUGAACCCUUGCAUUUGAUAUA